CAACUUCUGUUUUAUCACUGUCAGGGACUCUAACGUAUGGUUUACCAGUCGAUGGUUCGUAACUAUCUAUAAGCUGAGUGCAAGUAUGGGCGUGGUCGUGGCGUGACGAGCGUCAAUGUUUCGCAGAUAUUUAUCGAUAUCAAUUCAUGGUCUAGUUCCAGUCCCUAGUGUGUAAGUGACGUCACGAAGGCGGUCUAUUCAAGAUGGCAGCAAAUUUUGUACUUACUUGUUGUUUAGUGUUUUAUACCAUUAUGUAAUAAAUUUUGAAGUGUUUGCCUUUAUUGAAUGCAGUGACUGUUUCAUGUUAUGACUUUGAGUCAUUAUCCAAUAAUAUUAUGAAUACAAAAAGUUUUGAGGUGUUAUACACUCAUCAGAAGUUAAAAAAAGCCAAAACAUGGAAGGAUGGAAGUUUACAGAUUUCAGUUCAUGGGACGAAGGCUGUGUUAUUUGAUGAAAACAAUAUUUCUUUAGAAAUCUUUCAUAUUCAAUCUCAUAAGAUUUUUUCCGGAAGUGAUGUUGAAUGUGAAAGAUAUUUAAUUACUGUUGGUGAUGAAAAGACUUUGAAAGAAAAGAUUAUGUUGGAUGGUCCUAACUCAAGAUUUAGUCAGAAUUAUCAUAAAUCAAACUUUAAUCCAACUAAGGAUUAUCCUAUGUUAUCACAUAAUCACACAAAUGAAAUUUACCAAUCGGGUCAGAUGACUUUUUUGGGGAAGCGGAAAAGAAACCUGGAAAUUUUAAAUGACCAUCAUGUUGAAGCACCAUCUACAUUGAAGCACCAUCAUGUUGAAGCACCAUCUACAUUGAAGAUUUCUGCUGUUAAUGAUCGUUUAUCGUUGAGUUAUAAAAAAUUCCUACAAGUAAACAGUGAAAAGAAAAAACAAAUUUAUGAUGAUUCUACAACAAAUGAAAAACGAAUGAAACAGUGUCCUCAGUCAAAUGAAACACAAUAUUUUCCUGUGCUCAACCAACAAUACAGAAAGGAAAAAAAAUCACUUUCUGCCGUGCGACGAAACAAAUCGGAACUUUUGUCUUUGUUUUGUAACACAAGUAGAAUGAAUUGUGAAAGAAAAAAUGAUUUCAUACCUCUCUUCACAAGAAAAGACAAGCAGAUAAAUUGUCCUACUGCCAAAAAAGAACAACUUUCUUCUACAGUUCUGGAUAUUUCUUACUCUGAAAAGGAUGAUUUCUCAGACGUCUUACUUCAUGCUGGUAAUUACGAUUCUGCGGAUAUGCGCAAAUCAAAUACAGAGGCACACAAAUGGAUCUUUGAUUGUGUAGAUUUUACAGCGUAUGAUGUGAACGAUAGCGAAAAUGAAGAAGAUUUUCACAUUACAAGUAACAGGGCUUUCGAAAGCACUUCAAGUUUGUCUUUACCAUUUGAGGAAUCUGAUAAAUCAAAGUAUCUUAGUGAUAAGAUUGAUUUGGACGAAAGAACUUUUCAUGACAUGGUUUCAAAUAAAGAUGGUUUGUCUUUAAAGCAAAAUACUUUAAUAACGGUAGGGGAGAGUCAUCAUCCUGUAACAGAACACGAUUUACAGUCUGUUUGGAUUGGUAAUAAACAAUCUGAGUUGAGCGGUGAUAAAAAAUGGCAGAACUACAAAAAGGAUGAUGGAGAGAAUUCUGCUACCGAUAGUCAUUAUUCUAUCGUUACUCCUGAUGUUACAGCCAUGUCAAAUAAUGUCGUUCUUAAUAAAAAUACAUCAACAGGAAUACAAAAAUCAUCCAGACAGUACUAUAAUACUACCAACGAUCAUAAAACGGUCAAUGAACCCAGUUCGAAGUCGUUUUCUGCUCAACUGAAAUUUCCAUCCAAUGAAGAAUGUGUUGUUAACACCACUCCUACUCGAGAAGUCACUAUUCCAACGAGAUUUUUCUCAACAAUGGAAUAUAAAUGUUUAAUGAAAUCCGCAGUGAGAGAACAUUUGAAUGUCGUACUAUUCAAACUUGCUCAGCAAUAUCAUGGAGUCCUCGGCGAUGCUGAAUUUGGAGAUGAUAAAGAAAAUAUGAAAGAAGGACCGUGUUGCAUUCAUGGGACAGCUAAACUUCUGGCUGUGAAGAAAGAUGGCAGAAACAAGGGUCGACAUUUUUAUACGUGUCCUGCCUCCAGCUCAAAUUCGUGCAAGUUCUUUCAAUGGGCUGAUGAAGCUCAAGUAAAGAGUGGAAAUGUUGAAAAAAAAGUAACCCUCACUACAAACGAAACUAUACGUGCAUUCUUUAAGACUAAGGGAAUAAAUUUUUAUCACAACUGUCUUUUUGAGAGACGAAUUCCACCGUCCAAGUUGUUCGUGAAGAAACGUUCUAACAAGAAUCCUGGAAUUACGAAUGAUAAGAGAUCACUUUAUGUGGUUUUGAAGUAUCGUGAACCGUCAUCAUUUUAUUCCAAAGAUGAUAUCUGGAUUAUUUCAAAGGACAUCCAUUUCGAGACAACUUUUAUUGCUAAAAGUGUAUUUUAUGGUCCCUCAUCAUCUGGCGAUCUUGAGAUUCAUCCGAUCAGCGGUUAUUCGCCAAGCAAUUGGCACUCUGGGGAGAACGUUCAUUUGCUGUGGGUGUGUAACGCUGGCAUGGAGUUAUCGUGUAUUCAUAAUCUUGAUGAUUACGUCAGUUUACAACAGAUGCCAUUGUUACCCUAUAUUCUCAAUGGCAAUCCUCCAUCAUAUGUCUCCCAGAGGGUUUCACAACACUCAUUCACAGCUCCUCUAUCUACGUCCAUUGACAGAAAUUCACUUGGACUUUCAAUGCAAGUUGUCGAAGAAGAAACAGAGAAAAUGAUCUCGCAAUUUAAACUGAACCAGGAUCAAGCAAACGCUUUGCGUUCCUGUUCCAAAAUGUUUCUUUCUCAAAAUGUAGAGCGAACAUCAUGGUCAUCUAUAGCUUUAAUUCACGGUGUCUUUGGGGCGGGUAAAAGUUUUCUUUUGGCCGUUACUGUUCUUUUACUGGUGAAACUUUUUGAAAUUGCCGAUGAAUUAGUUAAAUUUGGAUCUAAUUCAGUAUCAUGGAAAAUUCUGGUUUCGUCUACUACUAAUGUUGCCGUUGAUCGAAUUCUCCUUGGACUCUUGGAUCUUGAUUUCACGGAGUUUGUGAGAGUUGGUAGUGUAAGAAAAAUAGCGAAACCUGUCUUACCAUACAGUAUUCAUAGUCAGGGAACAGAGUCGCAGGAACUGAAGGAACUUCAAGCUUUGUUGAAAAGUGAAUUGACAACAACUGAGAAAUUAUGUGUUCGCAAAAGCAUCGAGAAACAAAAACUAGGAGAAAAUAGAAAGCGUCUUUGUGACAUCCGUGUUGUUGGUGUGACAUGUGCAGCUUGUAACUUUCCAGCACUUGAGAGAUUAAAGUUUCCUGUUUUAUUGUUAGAUGAAUGCAGUCAAAUGACAGAACCAACUUCGUUGUUGCCCAUUGCAAGAUUUGGUUGUCGGAAGCUUGUGCUUGUAGGAGAUCCAAAGCAAUUGAAGCCGACCAUACAAGGAUCAGAGAGUUCCAUCGAGUCAGGACUUGAACAAACUCUCUUUGAUCGUUUUAUAAAAAUGGAUUUCAAACCACAGCUGUUGCGUACUCAAUAUCGCUGUCAUCCAUUGAUUAGUUCUAUAUCAAACAAGUUAUUUUAUGAUAACCAAUUGUUGAAUGGCGUUACUGAAGACGAUCGUAAACCACUCGUUGAUUUUAUUCCUACGUUAUGUUUUUAUGAUGUGAGCAAAGGACAAGAAUGUUCAUCAAAUGGCAGUUAUUUUAAUACUGAUGAGGCUAAAUUUGUUGUUGUAUUGAUCAAAUCUCUUUUGUCAUCAAACGUACAGCCUGGUCAGAUAGGGGUUAUUUCUCAGUACAAAUCUCAGUUAACUUCCAUAUCAAAUUUACUAUCAUCCAAUGGAACAUCUUCCCAAAGAGAAUAUUCUGGAGUGCAGAUAUCUACAGUUGAUGCUUUUCAAGGCGGAGAAAAAGAUAUUAUAAUACUAUCAUGUGUAAGAACAAGACACAUUGGAUUCAUCGAUUGUCGAAGACGAACAAACAUCGCGUUAACAAGAGCAAAAAGACAUCUCUGUAUUGUCGGCUGUCGUACAAUGUUAUCAUCUAAUUCACUGUGGAAGCAAAUUUUGAAUAUUUGUCGAGAAUCUCCUUUGGGAUUCCAGUCGUCUAAAUCAUUUGUUCAACAAUGGAGAGAGAAAUUUUCUGAAAAUAGUUUAAGAGAAGAGGAAAAAUCAUCUGAGAUAAGGAAAAAUGAACCAAAAUAGAAACACUUUAGAGACAAAUGGCUGUAACAGAAAAUGGUGAUGUACAUUUGUUAUCUGUGAAAAUUACGUCGUCACUUUUAUUAUAUAUUAUUGUACUUGAAUUAUCAAACGUUCUUCCAAGUUUUACAGCUUAUAAAUAUAUGUUGAAAAAAUCAAAAUAACGAACACUUUUGUAAACGGAUGUUUUUUGCAAAACAUCUAAAUUUCGCUCAAUAAAAGUGUGCAUUGUCUUUUGAAGAA